AUGAAUAAAUUAUACUUUGUGAUUACUAUUAUUUACUUCAUUGGUUUAAAUAAUGGAGCUAGUCCACCGAAAAGUGAGAAAAAAUUUACCCUAACUGGUCGUGUUACAUUUCCUGGAGGUUCAUCUACACCAAUUGAACCCGAUGGGAAAUUAACAGUUGAAUUACAAGAUACAUCACUUGCUGAUGCACCAGCAAAAGUUAUUGCACGAGGAACAAGCAAAGUUACUCGGUUUCCAGUGGUGUUCGGAAUGAAAUAUUCAUCAAGUCAAAUUAUUGAUGGACAUACAUAUUCAUUAAAUGCUGAUAUUAGAAAUAAAAAGAAUGAAUUAUUAUAUACUAAUGAUGUUCAAAUUAGAGUAACACCACUUACUGUUGAUCGAAAAAAACUUAUUGAAGUACCUGUUAUACUUGUCAAAAAAACAACUCCAGCAUUUAAAAAACUUCAAUGGCCUGAACUAGUUGGUAAAAAUGGUGAAGAAGCAGUUCGAAUAAUCAAAAAAGAAACAGGCAAUAUUCUCAUAUUCAUCAAAGAAGGAUCACCAGUAACAUUGGAUUAUCGUACGAAUCGUGUACGUGUUUUUGUCAAUAAGCAAGGCAUUGUAGCAACUGUUCCAACUGUUGGUUAA